UUAUUAAUAACACGUUAUCACUUCCUCGCUGCGAUAUACUACCUUGAUGCUUCUGACAACCAAACAAGAGUAACAUCUGAUCCAUUACGUCAGGCUACACGGGGUAACGUGAACACGCUGGAUCAACCACGUUUGUUAGAGAGUCGUCCAUCAUUUCACAACCAUGAUGAUAAAAACCAUGGAUGAGCUGAAGAAAGUGUUGCCAUCUGCUGAGGAAAAAGACAAGGAAGAGGAUGUGUUUGACUGUGAAAGACAAGAUGAAACCUGCCACGAGGAUGAAGAACAGGAAGAACCAGGAAGUACAGAGGGUGAGGAAAAGGUAGAAGAAGAGACGCCACAGGCUGCAGAUAAAAUUGAGGAAUCGUCUAAACCCAGAGACAAAAAGCAGACUGCGGGUUUCAAUCUGAACAAUGAGGUGGUUAAGAUGAGAAAAGUGAAGAGGGUGAGGGCUUUGAUCAUUAGGAAGCUGACGCGGCGGAUUGUGGCCUUGAAGAAGAAGAAGGGUAAAGACAUUGAAAUUGAGAGUAAUCAAAGGAGAGCUGCCAGACUGCUGGAGGAGAUCCAUGCUAUGAAGGUGCUCUCACCAGACCUGGUGACAAAGACAGCCUUGCAAAAGAACCUCAACUUAAAUCAAGUGUGUAAAAACCCAAAGUCCACUAUCUCUGACCGGGCAGUAGCACGUAUAGCCACCUACCCUCAAUUUCACAAAAAGAUUGAAGGCAUAAAUGCUGCUUUGAAAGCAUUCAAAGAGGAGUGGAUGAAAACUGGAGGUAAGAAAAAGUGAGAGCAACAGAAAGAGAAGAAAAAGGAGGAGUUAACAGUGGAGAAAAAGGUAAUCACUGACAGUGUGAAAGUACAUUGCAGCAUUAAAGACCUUAAAGAUGCAGCUGUAGCUAUACCUGAGACAGAGAGGAGUGAAGAAAAUCAUGUAUGUGACACAGCUGAUGGUCAAAAGAAAGAGAUACCAGAAAUUAAAAAUGUAAAACAAUCACCUGUGAAAAGAAGUGAUGAGAAAAAAAUAGGGAUAACGAUUGUCCGUGACACGGCAGAAAAGAAACCUGAUCCUAAUAUUGAGUCCAAGGUGCUUCAGCAGAAGGAAGAGGAGGAAGAGAGUGAUUUAGAGCCUUCAGAUGAUGAAGAAGAGAAGGAAUACUUUGAUGACAGCACAGAGGAACGUUUUCAUAGGCAGUCCUCUCAGUCUGAGGGCGAUGAUGAUGACUUCUUUGUUGGAAAAGUUAGCAAACUCAAGAAAAAGAUGAAGCAAAGUAAAGGGGACGGAAAGAGAGAAGUGAAGGGGGAUCAAUCCGAACUUGAUGUGAAUGAGUCCAAGCCGAAGUCUAAACCAUCCCAGUUUCAGACCGUGUUCUGCUCCACCCUCUCUGCAUCAGGAACAGAUAAAGGUGCAGGCAGAGGGAGAGGAGGAGGUUCAUUUAGGGGCCACGAGACACUGAAGGGUGUGAAUCAUCCAAAAACAAACAUCCCACGUUCCAAAAGCCGGGUAAAGGAGGAGAACGCAAUUCAGGGUCUGUUCAAACAGCCCCAGUUUAAGGGCAGGCAUCCUGAAUCACAGCUGAUGGGUGGCAGAGGGUUCGGUCGAGCAAGAGGGGAGCCCACAAAACAAAAGGUUUCCAGCGAGGCUCUGCAUCCGUCCUGGGAGGCCAGUAAGAAAAGGAAGGAGCAGCAAGGACAGAUCCUGGCUUCAGGAAAGAAGAUCAAGUUUGACGAUGACGACUGAAACAUUCUGUCCUCAUCAAUUUAUGAGAAAUACAUGCAUUUGAUGAAAUGACGUACAUCCAGUAUUUAUAUGCGGUGAACUUUUAAAGUGGAAAGGUUGACAUUUAUUAAGUUUGUUGUACAGAUGUGAUCUCAGUAUAUGUGAGUUUUGAAUUCUUGCAGGGGGUAAACAACUUUUUCAUCUCUAGAACUAAAGGUUUGCUUCAAAGCAUCAAUAUUAAGACUAAAAUAUUUUCAUUUUCAUAUAACAUUUUAUUUGAACUGUUAAAUGAAUCCCUAAAGCAAGUGGCUUUCCAUUGUAUAUGAUUACCAUGGAGUAGGUGACACUUGCCUCUCUGUCAGAUAUAUAGUGUUAUAUUGUAGAGCAGUGCUGAAUUUUUACUGUAUUGACCAACUCAACGUGGAUGUUCAAAGUGGCAGUCGAUGAACUGUGUACAUUUUGGGACACUAUGAUACUCAUCAAUUGCAGCAAGACUUUGAAUUAUUGUCCCCCUGUUCUUUGUACUUUUUCCCUAAAUGUACUUUUUCAAUUGAUAUAAAGUUUGUAGGUACUAUUUUAAUAUUUGCCUACUUGUCCUUUAUCAAAGAAACCAUCAUUACAUUUAAAAAGCUACCUACUGUGUUUAUUUAGAGAUAAGUAAUUGUCCUGGUUCAUUCUCGUUUAGAUGUAGGGUAUUAUAAGUCAUAAACUAAUGGGAGGUAGGAUGUGGAAUACAGUUAUGGCACCAAAUCGAAUGCCAAUUUCAAAUGUGGAUGUAAAUAUGUAAACAAUGUAAAACUAACACCUCUGUUCUGUCAUGAUGACACUUAAGAACUCUGGUUAAAAAUCUGCAGCAGAAAUGUUUUUAUUCAAACUGUCUCCUGAUUUAAAACCUUUUUACUGAUUAUUCAAUGUGUCCAAAAUCACCUGCUGCUAUAAAGAGGGUUUGUCUUAGUGA